AUGGAUAGAUUUGAAGAAGACUUCUUCUAAUAGAGUUUUAAUUUCGAAUUACUAAACGAGAAUCUACAAAUUGGUGAAAUUAAUUCUGAAAAUUUCUGUCUGCCAGGGUCUAGUGAAAACAAUUUCAUAGAGAUUUGCAAAAAAAAAAUUCCCAAACAGAAUCGAUACAUGAAAGCUUGUCUUAAGUCGCAUCUGAAAAAUUAUAGCAAUUUUAGAAAAAAUCAAUAAUCAUAAUUUAUGUAAAUGAAAAGAAAAUCGAAUUUUUCCGCUUCACCUUUGAAAGGCAUAUUAAAAAUGCCUUAAUCCCAUUAAAAUAUCUAUUUUUAAAGUAGUGAAAUAAAGAGUUCGGAAUACAAGAAGGAGAGAUUUAAAUUAUCAGAUAAGAUGACGGGAAAAAGAAGACCUAAGAGGUAUGAAAAAACUGUGAUUAGGAAUUAAAAAAAUAAUACAUUUGAGGUCUAAACUAUAAUAUGUUUUAUUAUUUUGAAAGAAUAACUGAAAUCUAAAAAGCAAUAGUAUGA